AUGACUAGCCCCAGCCUGCAAAAAAGUCUAAGCCUACAAAAAGCCCAGAACACAAACAGUAGUUCUUGUGUAGAUUUUCAAUCUUAUACGCCUAAAUCACUGUCUCAAUCACCAUUAUGGCAGCGUUACAGAGAAUAUAGCAUAAAAAAAUGGAAACAACCAAACGACGGAGAUUUACUAAGCUCAAAAGAGCGUAUUUUAAGGCAUUUAGUUGACUUUUCACAAUAUUUAGCUGAAGCUAAAAAAGAGUUUUAUAGCAAAUUAAGUGAUCAUAAAAAAAUGGAUGAAUAUCGUAUGGAUGAUUUUCAUUUUAUUAGAACCUUAGGUAAAGGUACAUUCGGGCGAGUAAUGUUGGCGAAACAUUUUUAUAGGUCGCUAGAAUCUGAAUAUGCAAUAAAAUUGUUAGAUAAAGCAAAAAUUGUUAAAUACAAACAAAUCCUUCAUGUUCGUAACGAAAUCGAAAUAUUAUCUGCAGCUGAUUUUCCCUUUAUCACCGAAAUGUUAUUUUGUUUUAUGUCAGGUGUAUAUAUUGGUAUAGGAAUGCCAUAUUUUACUGGUGGUGAUAUGUUUAACUAUUUGCGUAAAAAAGGACAUUUUGAAGAACAAGAAACACAAUUCUACGCUGCCCAAAUAGCAUUGGUUUUCGAAUAUUUACAUUUUAUGGGAAUUAUCUAUCGAGAUUUAAAGCCGGAAAAUAUUAUGUUUUCUGAAGAUGGUUAUCUAAAAUUAGUUGAUUUUGGUUUUGCUAAGAAAAUUGAUGAUGGUAGAACCUAUACUUUAUGCGGAACACCAGAUUAUUUGGCUCCCGAGGUAUUGAAAAAUAAAGGAUAUGGAAAAGCUAUUGAUUGGUGGUCAUUUGGUGUACUUGUUUAUGAGAUGGCAGACGGUCAGCCACCAUUUUACGACCUUCGGAUAUUAAAAACAUAUGAUAACAUUUUACGAGGACGUAUACAAUAUCCAUCACAUUUUAGUAAAAGUCUAAGAAAUUUUUUAGAACAUCUCAUACAAAUUGAUACUACAAAACGAUACGGUUUUUUAAAAAACGGUAUAGUAGACAUAAAAUGUCAUGAAUGGUUUCAACAUUUCAAGUGGAAUGAAUUAUUUAAUAAAACAUUAAAACCAUUUCACAGACCGAACAGAAUGCCGGAUGAUUAUAUGAUAGCCACGGAGAAUAGUGAAUCAGGACCAAUACGCAGUACUGAGCUGUCAGAAUAUGUUGAUGAAUUUAAGGAUUUUUAAUAGGCAUAUGCCUGUGAGUUUUAAAUAUAAUUAAUUAUGAUCGGGCACAUCAAAUGUGUGUUAUAUAACACCCUAUAUAAUAGGUUUACAUUAUUUUAUCAUUACC